GCUCCCCAAACCCUAAACCCGUGUCACCCGAUCGGCGGCGGCCGCGGCGGUGAGGCGGCGAGAAGAUGGGAAAGAGGAAGAGGGAAAGGGAAGUGCGUUUUCACGUGAAGACAUCCGAGGGUUCCUCCUCGUCGUCGUCGUCACUCGGCGGAGGUGGCCGCACCCCUCCUUCUUUGAGGGGAGGAGGAGGAGGAGGACGAGGAGGAGGCGGGAGCAGCAGCGUCGUCCCAAAUCCAACAUCAACAUCACCCUUGUCGGCGUCGGGCGCACCUUCGACGCCAUCAUCUUCCUCCACAGCUUCUUCAUUGAAGAUCGGGACGAUGGAAUUCAAUCUUCCACCCGGAUCCCCGCCAACAUCCACAGCGUCUCCACAGGCAGUUACCUCACCCGUUGCCCUCCCUCAUCCUCAGGCUCCAGCGAUUCUGUCUCCGACUCCUCCGCCCGGAUCCACACCAACAUCCACAGCCUCUCAGGCAGCCACCUCACCGGUCGAACCCCCACAUGCUGAUGUUUCCCAUUUUUCGAGCCCAUUCCCGAAUCCUAUGCACAGGCACUCCAGCAGUCUGAAGACAGCAACACGACCAUGACCUACCUCAAGCAUCUACGAAGGUGCUGUGGUGAAGAUGCACGCCGCCUUUGGGCAUCUGGUAGCUGUCACUUAAAGAUGAGUUUUGACAGGUUGAAAACAGAAGAUCGUAAACUUGCAUACAUGAUAUGUAAUAACUAUGAGAGGUUAAAAGUACAUUUGGAGUCUGCCCUCAGAACAUUCUUAUUGGAAUCUUUCAAAAGUCAGAGUCCUGAGACUAUAAAGAAGAGGUUUGCAAGUGAGGAUAAAAUGAAACAAUUCAUUCAAGUCCAAACAAAACUGACAGUUAUGCAGAUGCCUUCAAGCAUAUGUUCAUUGCGUCAGCACUUCAUCAACAAUCCUGCAGGCAGAAUUGCUCAUCUGUUCCAGAACCAGGCCUAUAGCAAAGACGUCCCAACAGCAGUAAAAGAGUCAAGGAUUCUGCUUCACAAGUUAACACAACAUACCAUAGCAGAACACAAAAGAGGUUACUGUUGGGAUGGUCAAUUAAGCCUUGAUGACUGGGAAGUCAUAGAUGGAACUCACAUUUAUCCAAUUGCCAAAUCUGUCCGUUGCACCAGUAGAGCAAUGUCUAACAAGGACCUUACUCAAAUAGCUGACACAGUAGUUCCAAACUUCAUGAUCAAUGGAGUGAUUCCUGUGUUUAUGGAACACUUCACAAAUGCGUUGAAGUCUCAUGGCACACUUGCUGAAGAGGAUUUCCGAUCUUGGUACUAUGCAUACCUCCUGCUACACCCCUUUGUUAUGUCAUCGAUAGGAAGGGCAAAUCUCCUUAGGAAUCUGUAUUGGCUUCUGGUGGACUUGAAUUUUGAGGAAAACCCGUUCUUUGAUACUGUUUUCAAAGUAGCUCCUUCUUCAGACUGGCGAGAUUUUAUCAUGCAGACCCCUGUGAACUACAUUAUCUGGAAGGUUUUCUGGUACAAGCUGAUACCAAAUUUCAACACCCUUCCUUAUUUCAACUUGUUGGGAAGCAUUAUAAAGUACCAUCGCCAUCUUGUUCAUCAUGGUCCUGACCAUGCCAGGGAUGGCAAGGUGACAACAAUGUCGAGCACAGAUGACAGCGAGUUACUUGCUGCAGCGCAUGACCAAGAUUGCCUCGCAGAGUGCAUCAAGAACCUUCUGCAACAGAAGAAAGUGACCAGCGACGUCAGUGUUGUGCUUGACGCUUACGCUGUGACAUGGGAGCUGUGAUUAUGCUUGCAGCAUUAACGCUUAACAUGUGGCGAAGGACUAACAACGAGGCUUUAGGACAUUGUUGCACAGAGACGUGACUGUGUGAGUACAGGGUAGUGUUGAUGCGACCUUCAGGGGGCUGUAUGUAGUGUUGGUAGUGGUGUGGUCGGUGGUGCUCGGAUGCACUUUAAUUGCUGUUAUGCUUAUGGGGGAGUUGUUGUUAAGGAUGUGAUGUCUGUUCUGUGUUUGGAUGCAAUUUGGUUGCUGUUAUCCUAUGGGAGAGGUGUUGUUAAGGAUGUGAACCUGAAAUUCAAGGAAUUAUCUGUUUUAUAAA